UCCGAUAGUUUUCAACAAUUGGGGAUUUAUCAUAUUAAAAUUUUCUCAAUCAUAAAAAAAACAUAUUUCGAACAUUGAUCAAACUCAACAUUAUUUAAAUGGUCUUGUUAAUAUGUUAAUGUCUGCUGAAAUGAUACAAUAUUCCUAAUGUCUUUUAAUCUCAUGGAAGUUGAUACAUAUUUUGAUCCUUUUAAUUUACUGAAAAUCUAACCACAUAAAUUGCAGCAAGGAAGUCUAGAGAUAAACAUCUCUCGUCACCUUCAAAUAUUCAAAUUUCAAAAAUAACGCAGCUUCAAGAAUAUUAUUUCCAUAUCCUAUCCCUUCUAUGCUGAAGUGAUAAGUGCUUUAAACUUAACUUAAAGUGUGUCAAUGUUUUGGUAUACAUGCUGUGGAAGACAUUUAUAUUCAUACUUUUUUACAAUACCAACCUUCUUUAGACUCAAUGUUUCCAAAUUUAGUUUUUGUUCACACUUGCUCUGGGUAAGUCAACACUAUCCAAAGUACGGAAAAUUAACGUAAGAUAAUUUUAGAAUUAUUAAAUGUCAUAUCUUCAUAGAAAUUGCAAUUCAUUGCUUGUCAUGUUAACAUACUCAUAUUACAAUGCACUAGCCAUACUUUAAUACACCAGUUAACACAAAUAACAUAUCAAUACAAUUAAGGGAACACAGGAACAAAAUAAGAAGAAGCAAGUUAAUGGAAGAAAUAUUUAAUGAAAGGUUAUAUUAUUUUUUGUUUUAACACCAACUUAUGUACAAAAACAAAUGCAUAACACAUGAAACUUAUAUUGUUAUGGAAUGUAUAUAAUGACUGUACAAGAAAAAUAGAGGCAAUGUGUCAUGGCUUUGGUAGGUAAAUGUUUGUACAGUGAAAUAGGGGUAACUAUUAUGAAGAUGGGCUUCUGUGCUACAUUUAACAGUGAUUGCAUUGUGAUAUAAUCUGACAGAUCAUAUAAAUAUUAAAUACCUCAUAUACAGUAUAAAAAUAUCUACAGUAUUCAAAAUAGAGUUUAAAACUUUAUGCUGGCAGCCUGAAUAUAAUUCUCUGUGUACUGUUUACAGCAUGUUAUAUAAAUAAUAAAAAUUAAUAUUAAAAUAUCUUCAUAGAUUAGAUCUUAUAGUUAAAUUAUUCAUAGGUACCAGUUCAAAAAUACUGGUUUCAUUUACAGAGUAAUCCUUUUACAGUCAUACACUAUAAACUAUGUGUAAAUCAUAUGGGGCUCAUCAUUCACUUCGUACAUUUGUUCACAUUUCACAAGCAACCUGAGAACGGGAUUAAUGUUAUAUGGAAACAGAUUUUUAGAGACUAACCUGUCUAUGGCAAGUCUUAAUCUAAUUAAUACAGACAUAGUAUCAUCCAACUCUCUUCCACAACAAGCAACAAAUUCAGCCCAAUUUCUGCGCACAAAUUUCAAGAGACGAAGCAGGUACAGUAAGAAACAGGUUUCAUUUGAAACCAACAGAUCCAAUAACACAUCUGGAUCAUGUGACACAGCCUGAAGAAACUGAACAAAAGUCAUUGCAGGACUCAAAGUGCGGCGCAAGUCAAGCUGAGCAGUAUUGCGGUAAAAAAGUCCAACAGCCACAUCCAAACAACACACCAUCCCUUCAAUCAGGGCAUCGUCCUGAUCAGCAAAAAUCUGCACAACCCACUGAGCCAAAGGCAUCUCAGGAUGAUAGGGGAGAAGAGUCUUGACACAGUUAUCUAACUGUCGCAACACUUCGUGAAUACUGCGUUCAAUGACAGCCAUAUCAGCAUCAACAUCAUCUGCUUCAGAUCCCAAAGAACUGUCACUAGAGCUGUCACAUCUAGUCUCUUUAACAGUCACAGCAACACUUUUUAAUACCAACAAAGCCAUUUUCUGUAGAAGUGGUCGAUCGCCGUCUCCAGCACCACCUCCAAAUCGUCCACUACCUCCUCUAUACGGCAACAUAUCCAACAAAUGCCAGUCUUUCACACUUCGCACAACCAAAUGAGCUAGAGCACAAGGCUCUUCUGCAAGGAUAUCUUGCAGGGCAAGAGUACUGCCAUAACACAAAACUUCAUUAAACAGGCCCAACAAAUGUUUCCAAAUGCCAGGAGGAACUGAUGAAUUGUUAAGUAAUACUACAAAGCUGUCGAGGUCAGCAUAGAAAGGUUUUGUAUCAAUAACAGAAAGAUUUGCUUUAACAGAGAUGAUGGCCUCCCAUAAUCCUAAAAAUGUCACUAUUGUUGACUCAUACUCAUUCAAAUACGAGGCAAUCAAACCAUCAAAUUUCUUAACUAUGGCAGGCCACUUGGCUUCGAGAGCUCGAAUACACAGACAUUUCACUUGACUUGUAUCAAGGCUUUCAGGAUCAGAUAAAUUCACAACCGCACAACUAGAAGGUGGUCUAUUGUCAGUAUUAUCUUCAAGAGGAUGGGUGUCCAAAUCUUUCCAUUCUAUAACAUGUUUUAUAACUUCAAGUGAGAACGAUAUCUUUUGAGGCUGUGUUGUAAUGAGAGCAUUUUCUGUCAAACUUUCUAACCACGUUGGAUUAACAUGAGAUUUUGUAACUAUUAAAAAGGCAGACAGAGCUCUACUUGCAGCAAAACAUAUAAAAGGAUCACUAUGAGAUGAAAAUUCAAUGAGUUGUUCAAUAAGACCACACUCAUUCCUGACCACAAAAUCACAAAUUUCACAUAUUCUAGUACACAUUGCACCUUUCACAUUCUGUUUGAUGGCAACUUCACAUAACAACUGUAGAGUACUAACAAAGCACAAAAUCCGAUCUCGACUCCAGUCUACCAGUGGAAUACAAAACUCUCCUUGAUUUUCUGAAACAAUUUUAACUCCUUGAAAUGGCUUCCGCAAACAUGUUUCUGUCAGAGGACACAGACACUGAUUCAAAAUAUGCUGUUGAAUUAUAAGAAGUUCCUGGUCAAUUGCAGUGUCAUCAACUUCAGUUCCAUUCACUCCCAUAUCAUCUUCAUCCACACCCUGCAUUGGUGUAUCUAUGCCAUGUCCUUUUCCUUCAUCUCCACCUCCACCUUCAACUUUCUGCUUUUUCUUUACUGGCUCAUCCAUUGUGGGUACCGAAGGUACAGUUCUACUCCUUUUAAGUACCAUGAAACUUACUUUGAAAGAAUGGGCAUCAGGUAAUAAUGCGUCAUGUUAUGUUCCUUGCUGAUAGAAGAAACAAUGUCUGAAGGCAAGACAUAAGUCUCAACCAAGUUUGUGGAUGUCCCAUGGAAUAUAAGUAAAUAGCGACUUAAUGAAAAUAAAUCGUUUUAAUAUGCGGAAAUCUAUGGCCAUAGGCCUACUUCGGAUCAGAGAGUUAGAAACACAGGGCGGGCAAAAUAAGCGAUGUUGUUUGAAGAUAAUACUAUAAUUUUACUUCUUUCGAGUAAAUGUGAUGCACUAAUUACACUGUACGAUGUAUAAUCUUCGAAGAUAAAUGAUCUAAAUACGUUUUGUUUGAAUUAUGUCAACAAAACAUCCACUUAACAAAACUUUCCCAUACAUCUACACCAAUCCACCAUAAUGAACAAUAUGACGCUGUUGUCAAGAUAAAAGUGUUUUUCAUUCGAUUUCAGAAUUUGAUUCUUAAAGCAACAAAAAAUGUACUUCUACAGUUCAUAUUUUGUUACAUUAUUUUCGAGUGUGGAGUGAAAUGCCGCUUCUUUAUUAUUCAUAUAUUAUUUUUAAAACUGGGUACGAUAAUUUUGAUUUGGUAGUGAAUUUUAGUAUCCGGGUUGCAUUCUUCGUCAGUGUUGCCAAACAAGAAAGCUACUAGUAAUGAGAGCAAUUAAGUACAUUAAAGCUUUGAAUUUCCCAGGACUUCCUUUCCUUUCUGUGGUAUAUUUUCAGUGGAUUUCUUAAGCAAUGAGAAGUUAACUCACUGGCACUGGCAAUAAACGUUUUCUACCCGCGUACACACUACAUCACCUUCAACUGGAUGAAAUGUGGAAAUUCAUUCAUGAAGUAUUGUUGACACUUGCCCGAUUUGGCAAUAUUGUUUACAGAUCUCUCACUCCCAGCAUUCCUCUCGCGGCUAGGUGUGGCAGCCAUAUUUUGGUGUGGAGAUUAAGGCCCUUUCAAAAUGAGUGAAUUGUAUCCUCCCACUAAUACCUGUGGACAUUCCUGCACUUAUUCUUAUUUGGCAAGUGGUGUCACAUGGCUAUUUGACAUGUAACGCCUCCAAAUGUCUGAGACAGGAGUAAAACCUGCCUCGCAGCAGGACUCAGGAGGAGCUGUUGCUCAAGGCCUGACAGGUGAGCAGCGAUUACGACAACUGGAGGCUCUGUUUCUGGGUGGCCCUAUCCAGGGACAAGGCCAAUGCUUCAGCAUAGAAACUCUCUUAGAUGUUUUGUUGGUGCUGUAUGAUGAGUGCUGCAAUUCUUCUUUACGAAGAGAAAAGACAGUCUCAGAUUUUAUUGAAUUUGUGAAACCAGUUGCAACUGCUGUGAAAGGCUUAAGAUUGACACGAGAUGAUUUUGAGAUAAUAAAAGUUAUUGGCCGAGGGGCCUUUGGUGAAGUGUGUGUAGUGAAGAUGAAAGGAUCAGGAAAAGUGUAUGCCAUGAAAAUACUCAAUAAAUGGGAAAUGUUAAAACGUGCUGAAACUGCAUGCUUUCAAGAAGAAAGAGAUGUUCUGGUUUAUGGAGAUCGAAGAUGGAUCACAAAUUUACAUUAUGCCUUCCAGGAUGAGUCAAAUUUGUAUUUGGUUAUGGAUUACUAUUGUGGAGGCGAUCUUUUAACCCUUCUAAGCAAAUUUGAAGAUCGUCUACCUGAAGAUAUGGCAAAAUUUUACAUUGCUGAAAUGGUGUUAGCCAUUGGUUCCAUUCAUGAUUUGCGUUAUGUUCAUCGAGAUAUUAAACCUGAUAAUGUUCUAUUAGAUGCCAAUGGACAUAUUCGCUUAGCAGAUUUUGGUUCUUGCCUCAAACUUUUUGAGGAUGGUACAGUACAAAGUAAUGUGGCUGUGGGAACUCCAGAUUACAUUUCUCCAGAAAUUCUUCAGGCAAUGGAAGAUGGCCAGGGUCGAUAUGGUCCUGAGUGUGAUUGGUGGUCACUAGGAGUGUGCAUGUAUGAAAUGCUAUAUGGGGAAACACCGUUCUAUGCUGAAUCUUUAGUUGAGACAUAUGGAAAAAUAAUGAACCAUAAGAAUUGUUUUGAUUUUCCCGGUGAUGCAGGUUAUGAUGUAUCCACUGAAGCCAAAGAUUUAAUGAAGAGACUAAUAUGCAGUUCAGAAUUUAGGUUAGGGCAAAAUGGAAUUGAAGACUUCAAGAACCAUGCUUGGUUUGUUGGAGUUGAUUGGAACAGGAUAAGGGAUAAUCUUGCACCUUACGUUCCUGAAGUCAGCAGUCCUACUGAUACAUCUAAUUUCGAUGUAGAUGAUACAGACAUUCGGACUUCUGAUGCUGUUCCGCCAACUAGCAAUGCAAUUUUUACUGCACUCCAUCUUCCUUUUGUAGGCUGUGUAUCAGAUUUAGGUUGCCUUCCUUUGCCAGAUACACCUACAUUAGUCAAUAAAACAGUUGUAGAGAAACAAAUUCAGCAAUUAGAAGAAGAAAAUUUGAGGCUUACAAAAAGUUUAAAUGAAGCCAAGAGUUUGACACUCUCUGGUGAAAUAACUGAUGACGCACGAAAAAAUUCUCCUACUGGUGAAGUUGCUAACGGUAUGCGAAAGCUUCAAGAUGAAAUAAAUAUUCUCACAAAAAAGAAUUGUGAAUUAGAAUCACAACUGAGAGGUCUUGAACAUCAACAGCCAUCAGACUUGAGGAAAGAAACAGUUCCUGCUGAUGGGGAAACAGGUCAGAAAAUCAAGGAAAUGGAGAAGCUUAUUAGAGUGCUGAAACAGGAACGUGAUGAAGCACAAAAGGAGAAUGUAGAUGCUCAGGAAAAAUUGCAACUUCAGGAAAAAGAACUCAAAGAUGCUUUGAGUCAAAGAAAGUUGGCUAUGGCUGAAUAUACAGAAGUUACAGACAGAUUAUCAGAACUAAGACAACAAAAACAGAAGCUUUCCAGACAAGUUCGGGACAAAGAAGAGGAACUAGAGGUUGCCAUGCAAAAAAUUGACAGUUUGCGACAUGAUAUUCGUAAAGCAGAGAAACUUCGAAGAGAAUUGGAAGCACGGGUAGAGGAAGCCAUUUCAGAGACCAGUAAGGAAAGGAAGUUGCGUGAACGGAGUGAAGAAUACUGUAAACAAAUGGAAGAAGAAACUGAAAAACUUAGGCAAAGAAAUCUAGUUGUUGGUGCUGAUGUGUCUUCAGCCAGUCAGUCACAUGCCACUCAGGAAAUUGUAAAGUUGAAAGCAGAGGCUGAGAAGCUGGAAAUGCAGUACAAAGAAAGUUUAGCACAACAACAGAGUAGGUAUAACUUAGAAAUUGCCAGCUUAAGAGAUCAACUUCAAGAGGCUGAAAGUCGGAGAGACACUUUAGAAAAAGAGGUACAAAUGAUUAAGGAGAAGUUGGAUGCUGCUAGAAGAGCAGAUCUUACUGACAAUGAAGAGAUCAUUUCUGAAAUGAAAAAACGGCACGAGCGAGAAAAAAUACUUCUCCUUGAAGAAAACAAAAAACUAAUGAUGGAUUUGGAUGCUCUCACAGAAAGCUUAACUCGAAUUCAGAGUGAACGACGCCAAUUAGCUGAUGAAUAUGAGGAAUUGCGCAAUAAAAAGGAUGCAAUUGCUCAGUGGGAAGCACAAAUAAGCGAGAUUAUACAAUGGGUCAGUGAUGAAAAGGACGCUCGUGGUUACUUGCAAGCUUUAGCCACAAAAAUGUCAGAAGAACUUGAAUUCCUGAAACAUUCUGGCGUAGCUAAUGCUCAGUCAUCAGAUAAAAAUUGGCGGAACAGACGUAGUCAGAAAUUAGAUAAGAUGGAAUUGCUGAACUUGCAAAGUAGUUUACAGUCAGAAAUCCAGGCUAAGCAGUCUAUUGGUGAAGAAUUAACAAAAACACGCUCUGACUUAAUAGCUGCUCAAAAAGAAUUACGUGACUUUCGGCAACGUUUUGAGGGUCUUUCUCACGACGUGAAAUGUAAAGACUUAGAAAUUAAAGAGCUCAAAUCUAGAUUGGAGUCAGGAGAAGGAUUUUUGGAGCGCCCCUCAUCCCAGAUGUCAUAUUUAGAUCACUUCCUCAAAGAAUCCUCUACCCGACAUGGUGGCUCUGUGGAAAGUGAAGAGGGUGAUGUAGAGGAUAACCGGGCCCCAUCUGUAGCUAGUAGUAAAUCAAAUAUAUCAGAAAUUAGCUUAGAUCCGAAUACGCAGCAUGGACUCGACCAUCAAAAACCACUUCUCAUGCCGCCCCCUCAUCUCCCACCAAAGCCAAAGUCUCACCAGUUUCUAGUUCGCACCUUUUCAUCACCAACUAAAUGUAGCCAUUGUACAUCUCUCAUGGUGGGUUUGACUCGCCAAGGUGUUGUUUGUGAAGUUUGUGGCUUUGCCUGCCACAUUGGCUGUUGCGAAAAGGUUCCUCCGAUUUGCCCUGUGCCAGCAGAUCAAACUAAAAGACCUUUGGGAAUUGAUCCUACAAGGGGAAUUGGAACAGCAUACGAAGGUUAUGUGAAAGUUCCUAAGACAGGUGGUGUUAAAAAGGGCUGGGUUCGCCAGUUUGUAGUAGUAUGCGACUUCAAACUCUUCUUGUAUGAUAUUUCACCUGACCGCAAUGCCUUGCCAUCAGUUCAUGUUUCACAAGUUCUUGAUAUGAGAGAUGAAGAGUUUGCUGUAAGUUCUGUUAGAGAUUCAGAUGUCAUCCAUGCUACAAAGAAAGACAUUCCUUGUAUAUUUAGGAUAACAACUUCUCUCAUGGAACCACCAGGGCUUAAAAAUCACACAUUAAUGCUUGCUGACACUGAAAGUGAAAAAACCAAGUGGGUUGUUGCAUUAAGUGAAUUACAUAGGAUAUUAAAAAGGAAUAACUUGCCAAAUAGAACAGUAUUUAGAGCUAAAGAAUUAUUGGACAAUACAUUAGCUUUAAUUAAAAAUGCUAUGUCUGGAGCCAUUAUUGAUCCUGAUCGCCUAGUCAUUGGAACAGAAGAAGGAUUGUUCUGCUUAGAUCUGGAUCGUACUGAAAUUGGACGUGUGGGAGAAGGCAAGAAAGUUUUUCAGUUGGAAUAUGUAAUUGAAGAGCAACUACUGGUGGUGCUAUCAGGCAAACAGAGACAUGUGCGAUUAAUCCCAGUAAGAGCACUUGAUGGGGAUGAAGUAGAAUGGAUUAAAGUUGCCGAAACGAAGGGUUGUAUUACAUUUGCUGCUGGUGCCAUGCGACGAACCCCUCAGUUGGCAUACUGCCUUUGUGUGGCUAUUAAACGUCAGAACACAUCUCAAGUAAUAAUUUACGAGGUGACUCGGACCAAGACUCGCCACAAAAGACUAAGGGAAUUGAUGCUGCCUACACAAGCACAAACUUUGAAUAUUUUUAGUGAUGGCAGAUUGUGUGUUGGGUAUCAGUCUGGAUUCAGCAUUUACAGCAUAAUGGGCGACCAACAUCCUCUGUCCUUGGUUCAUCCAGACAACCAGAUUCUGGGAUUUCUGUCUUACAGUGCAGUAGAGGCCAUGCGUGCAAUAGAACUCUCUAGAGGAGAGUUCUUGUUGGUGUUUCAAACACUUGGAAUGUAUGUCGAUGCUCAGGGACGUAAAUCCCGUGAAAGAGAAAUCAUGUACCCUGCCAUUCCCACUGCAGUUAGUUACUGUGAUGGUCAUUUACUAGUCUAUAGUGAUACCCAUGUGGAUGUUUUCAACUGCUCAACUGGGGAAUGGGUUCAGACAAUAAAUGUUAAAAAAGCAAAACCCUUGAACAACACAGGAACCCUUAGUAUAUGUGUUAUAAAUGAUAUGCCACAUAUAAUAUACCUUGGCAAUAUCCAUCAACAUGAACUCAUCAAUGUUACUCAAUAUGAUGCCUCAGGUAGACCAAUGCCACGUCCACGUCGAAGGUUCUCAUUAAGAGAGGGACAUCGUGCAGCAAGAACGACUGAUAGGAGGUCGAAGAUGAUAUCUGCUCCUACGAACUUCAAUCAUAUUAGUCAUAUGGGUCCUGGUGAUGGCAUUCAAAUUCAACGCCUUCUUGACUUACCAACAACUCUAGAAACAGCCGAUCAGCCAGUCGGAAGCCCUCAACAGCUGCAGGCCAGCCAACUACAGGGCAGUCAACAGCGGCUGUUUCAUCCAAGUAAAAUGGCCCAUCCCCCUCCACGCCAUCCCCCACACGCUGCUGAACAACGCCGCAUGUCUGGCCACAUGCCACGUCCGCCCCCAAGUUAUUCAGGACACAAUGGUACGAACGUACAGCCAGGGAAUUGGGAUUGGUUGGCGUCUCCUCGAGCCAGGCCCAGGAGGGGGACAUGUGAAGGAAGCUCCUCCUCUGUUGUAGGUUCCACAUCUCGUCGGCCCGCAGCACCUCCCAGGCCAGCAGUGACCCCACCUUCAUUACCCCGGUCCCCAGAAGGCCCUCCAGGAGACGCAGACUCCUCUGGCCUCCUCCAUCAUACCUCUCUGAGUCUGGGCAGUGUGCCGUCUCUGCAUGAAGUGUGCAAGGAUCAGGGGGUGAGCGGUGGCAGUCCACGCCAUUCUAUAGCUUCCAACAAUAGCAGCAAUCCUAGUACGCCUCCCAGCCCUGGGCAUGAUCAUGGCUCUUCAAGUUAUGACAGUUAGACAAUCUGGUAGUAAGUUAGGUCAGCAGUUGUUCUGUUGUGCAAAGGUCUGCUACAUUUGCAUUUAUCUUUGUUACCUGCUGAUGGUCUGGUUACUGAAAAAAGUUAUUGUAGAAUAGGGAAUCAUUCACAAGAUUGUGAAGACAAGUGUUUGUGAAGAAAACCUAGGUAGUUACAGCAUUGUAUUUCAUGCUUUUGUUUUUCUUGCUUUUCAUUCAUACAUACAGUGGGUUUGCAAUGGACUUAAUAUGCUUGCAACCUGCCAGUAGCCAACUGGAACUGCAGAGACACAAACAUCACCAUCACCAUUUGCUCCCCUCUGCGUGUUGGGUGAGUAAGUGCUUCCAUGGGCCUGCCCCAAGCCUUUGUGUAUUAAAUACCCAAAGCAUCAAGAUGGGAAGUGAUUGGUGGCAAUGUUUUGUAGUUGAGUCUUGAAAAUGUGUUGGUGGGAGAGGGAAAUCCAGGGAGAGUAUUAAAUGUAAACAAAUACAUGAAUAGGCACACACAGUCUAUUUGUGGUAGAAAGUCACAAAUUGUAUUUGUCUUGAUUUUACCCAAUUAACAUUUAGUCACAUAUACCCCAGUAUUUUAUUUUACCAUAGUAAUUUUAAGGACUUAAUGUUUCCUUUAAUCUAAUCAAUAUUUUAUGACCCCAUGUGGUGAAGUACUUAAACUAACUCUAAUUAACCACUGAGGUUUUGUACAUAGUUCAUCACAGGUCGAGUCUGGUGGAUUUCACUUGCUUGCUGUAUUCCUUAUAUUUAAUUAGUACAACAUAAAUAUAUGUAUAUGAAAGUAUACUUUUUUUAAUGAUACAGAAUGGUUGCCAAGCAAUAUCUUUAUUUAUAACAUUUGUAAAACUGUUUUAUACCAAUAACUUACAAUGUCUAAGUUUUCAGAUGACUUGAUUCUAGUGAUGUGAUAGGUGAUGAUAUAUUGUGCUGUGUGUUGUAAUAAUUAACCAGAUUGAGAUGUGGGUAGCAAGUUACACCCUACCUCAUGAGCACCUUGCAAGGAGCUAAGGUCCAUGGCAAACAAAAUUUAUGAACUUACUUCUGAGACUUUGUCUAAUUAGUUCAUAAUAUUGCAUUUCAUUUAUGGGGGUCCGGUAUCUUCGUUUACUUAUAUUUUACGUGACUACAGUCCUCUGUAUCAAUCAUCGUAGUUUCCUUUAUAUCCAUAUUUAUAAAGAAUAUUAACAUGACAGUGCUGAUUAGAAUAGUUGUCAUUACACAUUGUGUGUGACUAGGAAGUGGACACGUGUGUAGGAACCUGAGUUGUCUCGAAUAUUUAUUACAUAAUUUCGUACUGUGGAAAUUGUAUGUAUGUAUUGUUUUGUAAACUGAUAUCUUGAUUCGUAUGUUUCUGUAACAUACAUUUCAAGAUACUAGUAUUGCAAGAUCUGAUCUUCAGAUAUGUGUUUUUAAUUAUGUAUUUGUAAGGUAUCUUGUUUUCUUACGUGGUUGGUAAUGGAUUUUAUAUUCCAUGUUUUAGAUGUACUCUCAUCACAAACAAAUGGUCAGUGCGAAUUGUAGGGUAUUGUAUGACUUUGUUGAGUAUGUCCUGUGCGUGAUAAGCAAGAAGUACUCUUUUUUUAUAAAAGUCCUUUUUUGUUAACCUUGAAUAAUUAUUUAUUUCUGUUUUUAUUUGUAUUUAAUUUUUAAUUUAUCUUGUUAUACUUUGUGUGUGUUUUAUGAAUUCUGACAGGUGCAAUGACUGGAAAUUGCAAAAUGUUGACACCAGAUUUUGUACAGAAAUAAUAUUGUACAUUCGUUAUCUCUUUUUUACUUCUCUGCAAGCCUGUUUGAUGUUCAUGAGUCUUGUCUUGAAUCUCUGAAUACCUUCAGUGAGGAAAUAAAAUAUUUAAUUUCAUGAUU